UACAGCUGAAGUAAACCAUAAAGAUAAACGGAAUAACAAAAACACUUCUUAUCGUAACCUUUUGUAGAGUUUUACACUUUUGUUUUGAACUUCAUAUUCGUGACUGCAAUUUCUCUUUGCUCUAGUUAGCUCUUCUCCCUCAAGCAAUUGUUUCCAUUUACGUAGAAACGUUGGAUUUAGUUUUGGUUUUGGCUUUGACUUUUUCGUUGUUUGCUACCUUUCCCUUUUGAUUUUUUAUUAUAUAUUCGUUUUAAAAACACUGGUUUGCUGGUUUUUGCGUAAAAAAUAAUUUUAAGUUCACUGAUCAGUGACUAAUUUUUGUAAAGUGUGUCUGACAUGAUAUUAGAAAGAAUUUCUUGUUAACAAUAUGUUGAGUGAAAAUCAGUAUAAUUCUGCUGAUGUGGUAAACAGUUACGAGGCUACAAUCUGUGAUGACGACGACAUCGUUUUCGAUCGAAAACUGGAUACUGACGAGGAGGACGACGAGACAAUAAGUAACGCUGAUACGCCUCUUAUUAAUGGUGCUGAAGAUGACAGUCUGUUUCCUAAAGCGCGACACAUAUUUGGCCUAAUGGGAUUUUUGGGUUUUGCAGUUGUCUAUGCAAUGCGUGUUAAUCUUUCUGUAGCCAUUGUGGCUAUGGUUAAUCAAACAGCAAUUCCACAUGAGAACACAUCAAUUGAUGACACUUGUCCAGCAGACAAACCAAAAGUUACUUAUGCAAAACCCAUUACAAAAGGAGAAUUUUUAUGGGAUGAAGCUACACAAGGUUUAGUUUUAGGUUCAUUCUUUUAUGGCUAUGUUUUGACACAAGUACCAGGUGGUCGUUUAGCUGAGGUAAUGGGUGGUAAACGUAUUUAUGGUUAUGGAGUGCUUAUUACUGCUAUUUUUACAUUACUAACACCAAUUGCAGCAAAGUUAGACUUACCAUUUCUUAUAGUAGUACGUAUACUGGAAGGCAUGGGUGAAGGUGUUACCUAUCCCGCUAUGCAUGCAAUGCUCGCUCACUGGAUACCACCGUUAGAAAGAAAUAAAUUUGCUGCAAUAGUUUAUGCUGGUUCUAAUAUAGGAACGGUAAUAUCAAUGCCACUUGCAGGUUGGCUAUGCUCACUAGAUUUUUUAGGCGGUUGGCCAUCCGCAUUUUAUAUAUUUGGCAUAAUGGGUAUUAUAUGGUUCAUAUUUUGGAUGUUAUUAGUUUAUGAUACGCCAAGCGUACAUCCACGUAUUUCGUACAGAGAACGAGAAUACAUAGAACGUUCCAUAAGAGCAAUGCAACCAAGAAAAUCACAUAAUGAAAAUGAUGCAAAUUUAUUUCAAAACCCUGACGAGGAUAUACCAUGGCGAUCUAUUUUAUGUUCAAUACCACUUUGGGCUAUACUGAUAACACAAUGUGGUCAAUCAUGGGCUUUUUACACCCAACUAACAGAACUGCCCACAUAUAUGAGUAAUAUAUUACAUUUUGAUAUAGAGUCAAAUGCAAUGUUAAAUGCUAUACCCUAUUUAACUGCAUGGAUUGUAGGUAUUGCAUGUUCUGCUAUAGCUGAUUGGAUGCUUAAGCGUCGUUAUAUAUCCCUUUUAAACUCCUAUAAAUUAUGGAAUUCAAUUGCAUCGAUUAUACCAUCGUUGGGUCUACUUGGCGUAGGUUAUGUUGGCUGCAGUUGGAUAUGGGUAACAAUUAUGUUGGCAGGCGUAGGUUCUUUCGGUGGUGCUGUAUAUGCUGGAAAUCAAAUGAAUCAUAUUUCGUUAAGUCCACGUUUUGCUGGCACGAUGUAUGGCAUCACAAAUUCUGCUGCCAAUAUAUGCGGAUUUCUAUCGCCUUAUGUAAUUGGACUUAUUAUAAAUCACCGUGAAACCUUAACGCAAUGGCGUAUUGUAUUUUGGUUAGCUGCUGGCCUUAAUAUUGGUGGGAAUUUUAUAUAUUUAAUAUUUGCUAGUGCUGAUGAGCAGAAUUGGUCAAAAAAUCCAAGCCGCAGUAGUAGAGGAACUAGAAAUAUGCGCACAUAGCAGGAAACAGUGUUUUAGGAUCUCAAAGAAAUAAUUAAAAAAUUCUUAACUAUAUCUAUAAUUAUAUAUAUUAAUAUACGAGCUAUGUACCUAUGGAUUUGUGUGAUAAAAUAAUGUAUAAUAUGUAAUAUGCUUGAAUAUACUGUAUGUAUGUAAAAGUAUUUUAAUAAGAUUUUAUGUAAUUGGUUAUGAUGCACUGUGACUCAAGUAUUUUUUGCGUUGUGUUAAUUCAAUGUUUUUAAUAAAUAAUUUUAUAUAUAGAUAAAUGUAUAGAA